AUGCUCCUGGCCGUGGUCCUUGCCUCUGCCCUGCUCCUCUGCUCUGCCGCCAGCCAGACGUGUUUGACCUUUACAGGGAUCAAGUAUGUUGAGUACCUGAUCAACAACCUGCAGGAACAUCCAUCUUCAAAAUGCAACUGCAGCACCAAUGUGACUGAUUGUUUGUGUCUGCCCAUUCCUUCUGACAACUGCACCUCAGCAUGCUUACAGGAGGGUCUGUCGCAGAUGACCAACACCACAGUGAAUACAGAUUUCCUGCUGACUUUCAAUCGGGUGAAGAAAACAGUUGAAGCCCUCCAGAACAACAAGUGUGGAUCUUUUUCCUGUGAACAGCCAUGCAACCAAACCACAACAGGCAACAUGCUGACAUUUCUGAAGACUGUCCUGGAAAGUUUCCAGAAAGAAAGGAUGAGAGGCAGAGUGUGA